AGAAAAAUCUCUCCACUUUCUCUCACCCUCACCCUCACUCUCUCCACCCCUUUCUCUCUCUACCGUCGUUAAUCAAUUUCCAGCAUUCAUCAUCUCCUUUCUUUGCUCUUCUCCAUUUGUUUCCUGAUCGAUCCAAUUCUCUGUAAUUCCCAAAUUCACCUACUUGUUCUUCUAUCUCUUCACAAUUUAUUCUCACAUUACUAUAUAUAUAUAUAUAUACAGCCCUAGCAGAGACAUAUAGAAGCUGCUACUACUAUGGCGACUCUGUUACAAGCAGCAACCUUCCAAGGUCACCCUUACAUCUCCGGCUCUUCUCAUGCUUCGUCUAUAUUUCUCCCUACUUCUUCCACUAAGCUUCACGUCUCUACACCAUCCUCUUACAGGUCCCAUUUUCUGAACCCCUCCUCCGUUAAUUUCGUAGUCAACCACCACAGUCUUUUUCCUCUCACGAAGAAGAAGAGCUGGAGAAAUGGCACUCGUAUGGCAUGGGAUGGUCCUCUCUCCUCCGUCAAAUUCAUCCUCCAGGGCAAAAAUCUCGAGUUAACUGAUACGGUAAAGAGCUAUGCAGAAGAGAAGGUUGGCAAGGCCGUCCAGAAACAUAGUCAUAUUGCAAGGGAGGUUGAUGUUAGGCUGUCAGUUCGAGGUGGUGAAUUGGGGAAAGGCCCGAAGACUUCAAGAUGCGAGGUUACUUUGUUUACUAAGAAGCAUGGAGUGGUUCGGGCAGAGGAAUAUGCGGAGACCCUGUACGGGAGCAUAGAUUUGGUGUCAUCCAUGAUACAGAGGAAGUUGAGGAAGAUUAAAGAGAAGGAUUCAGACCAUGGUCGGCACAUGAAAGGGUUCAACAGAUUGAAGGUCAGGGACGCGGGGGCACUACUAGUGGAUAAUGGUUCAAAUGAAGCUCCCGACGAAGAAGAUGAAGACAUCGUCGAGGAGAUUGUUCGUAAGAAAUACUUUGACAUGCCACCUCUGACUGUCACCGAAGCAAUUGAGCAGUUGGAAAAUGUUGAUCAUGAUUUCUACGGUUUUCGAAAUGAAGAAACUGGUGAGAUUAAUAUUGUAUACAAAAGGAAAGAUGGAGGCUAUGGACUUAUUAUUCCUAAACAAAAUGGUAAAGCUGAAAAAUUAGAGCCUCUAGCUGUUGAACCUGCCAAGGAACCCUACUUGGCAGAAUAGAUGCGCCUGGUGAAGGAAGAUCCGACUUAAGUAGCUCUAGUCUUAAACUUUCUAUAGAUUCUCCGUAUGAUGUUUGGUUAAUGUCAAGGCAAAAGCAUCUAGAGGCAACGUCACUUAGGGUUGGUUUGAAGUCUGUUUUGAAAUGUGGAAGGAUGUUUCUUCGGGUCAUCGGGUGAUCACUUUUUGUAAGAUGAGAUGCAUGCACAAUGUGGUGCUGAACACACAGGAACUGGUAAGAAUUGUGUUAUUAUCAUCAGUAAAUAUAUAAAUAUAUAGAUGUUAACCAUC